AUGGUAGGCGUAGCUGGGAAAUCACAAGGAUGCAACACUUGUCGAAAACGGAGAGUCAAGUGUGAUCAAGUAAGGCCCUCUUGUGGCCAGUGUACGAAAUCUAAACGACAAUGUACUGGAUAUCAACGAAACAGGCACUUCAAAAACUUAAGUGCAUUGGAUAGCGGUACCUUAAUUGCGAGGAAGCAACCAUUGAAUCCUAUCACGGAACCGUCUUUCAUCGAAUAUGACCAUAGCGAGCUCCAUUUAAAGCAAUGGGUGAGAAACGUGAAAACCAAAUCGUUAAUCCUAGAGCAGUCUGAAAGAGUAUCAACCUCUUUAUCUCAGCUCUUCGAUCACUUCUUAUCUGACUACAUCCCCCAAGGCGGAAAGGCUAAGCAGGAACCCCCAGUAUCUUGGCUCCAAACUGUUCAUAAUACUGGUAAUGUCGGAAACAAUACCUCCCUACCCCUCGCAAUAACAGCCUUGAGCCUAGUCCGACUAGGAAGGAAGCAUCAGAACAUGGAGCUGCAAAAUGAGGGUAUGGCUGUCUAUGGACAAGCGCUAGAAGGGAUCCAAGCGAUACUGUCGAGCGAUGAUCUUAUUUUUGAAGAGCAAACACUCGCGAGUUGCAUGACACUAUUGGUCUUUGAGGUACUCGAAACAUCCGGCUCGAAUGUGCGGGGAUGGAUAAGUCAUGUCAACGGAAUCUCGAAACUUUUUCAACUGCGUGGUCCUGAACUGCAUGUCUCUGAAUCGAGCCAUCGACUUUUCCUCGGUUUCAGGCCCACAGGAAUUAUUUAUGCUUUGGCAACACGAAAAUCAAGCUACCUUGGAGAUGAGGAAUGGCUGACUAUCCCAUGGCAAAGGUUUCCAAAAUCUGACUUCCACCAUCUUCUCGAUAUUAUGGCUCGAAUGCCUAGUCUUAUUGAACGAACAGAACUUGCUAUCUCAAUGGAUGCGAUACUAUCCUCGCUGACGGAGAUGGAAUCUCUACGUGAGAGAUGUUGGGCUAUCGAACGUCAGCUUCGUACUUGGUAUAUUAACCUUGUGGACUCAUCAACCACGCCACUACAUUCCGAGACAUCACCGAAGACAAUCGCCUCCGCAACGCUAUCCGACUUGCGGCCAUUGACCGACUCAUCCCUUAACUUUCCAACCUUCGAAACCGCACGUAUGCAUCUCUUCUACUGGGCAGCUCUUCUUUUAAUCUACAACACCCUUACUUCUAUACCAUAUCCUUCAACUUCUUUACAUCAAUGUCCCCAAGUCCACCUUCAGUCGGAAAUACACACAACAGCGAUGCUCAUUGCACGAUCCAUCCCCUACCUUCUAUCUCCAGAAACCCAAACCAUAGGUCCUCAAAAUGCAUUCUUCUCUUUACGAAUUGCUAUGCAUGCCUUUUCGGAGCUCGGAGAAGAUAGAGAGGAGAGAUGGUGUAGAGAUGUGUUUAAGGAACUAGAUAAGAGAGGAUUCCCGUUCGGAAAGAUCUUACCAAAUGUAAAAUGGGAAGAUAUUCCUCAAUUUUUAUAUAAAAUAAGGGAUGAAGCAAAUAAUAAAUAA